AUGGCCGUCGACGCCGACGCCGACGACCGCGAUAAUGCCGACCCGCCCCACUGCAUCUCCGUCGACGCGCCUCCACCUCCCCAUGACACCAAAGACAAAUCAGGCCUGGAUAGCAACAGGUCACUCUCUCCUCAGCCGCUUCAGCCAAAACUGGGGGAAAGUAAGGAGCCUGGUUCACAUGGUAUCCACUCUGAUUCUGUCAGCACAUCAGGGAAUUGUGAAGAAAGGAACAAUGCUGCCAAGAAAAGAGAUGUUUUCAGGCCUUCUGUGUUUGGCAGAGAAGCUGGCCACCAUGAUCGUUGGUGCAAUGACGACAUGGAACCAAAUUCAGAUUUCAACCGAAAUCGAUGGAGGGAAACGGAGAAGGAACACAGUUCCACUAAUAAGGAGGGUUAUGACCAACGCCGUGAUAACAAGUGGAAUCCUCACUGGGGUCCCAGUGGCAAAGGUUCUGAAAAUUGGCGUGAUAGGUUGACAGAUUCAGGUAAAUGGAAUGAUGCUUCCUGUGAAAAAGGUUUCUCUCACAAUACAGGUCAUGGACAAGAUGGUAACAGUACUGAGAAGGAGACUGUGAGGGAUGGUAAUAUUUCUCGAUCAUGGAACUCCAGCUAUUUUGCGAACUAUGGCACAGGAGGUACAUCUCAUCAUCUUUCCCGUGCUCCACAUAAGCCAUUUGAUUCAUUUGGAUACAGUAGAGUGAGGCAUGAAAGUGAGAACACAAACUUUACAAGUUCUCGUGGAAGGUUUACACCUGGUGCAAGCAGAGUCAAUAAUGGAUCUUCACGUCCAUUCCACAUUGGUAUAUUUUCCGACAGGCCUGGUGGUUCAUGUAGAGAUCUUUCUGUGCGAUAUAGUAGGAUGAAAUUGCUUGAAAUUUACAGAACAACUGAUGUUAGAAACUUCGUAAUUCUGUUAAAUGACACGGAGGAAAUCUCUUCACUGUGGCAAGAAGACCCUGUGGAGCCUUUAGCUCUUGUUGCUCCUAAUGCUGAAGAAGCGGCUCUUUUGAAAGGAAUUGACAGAGGAGAUAUCACAAACAGUGGGGUACAAGCUUGCAAAGAUGGCUCUGUUGGAGAAAGUAAUCAAGAUAUGAUACCAUCAGAGCAAUCGAAAUUAGGUGGAAGAGAUCAGGCAGGAAGCAAUGAAGAUUACAAUUGUGAAAUGAGUGACAAUAUCAGAGGAAUUCCCAGGUAUGCUGAUUUGUGUGAGCCCUUGAAGCCUGAUAAAUCUACCUACACUGCUCCACAAAAUUCUCAGCCUAUUGGGGAACGUAUCCAUGGACCAACUACUGAAUUCAGACAGCAGUACAAUGUCUUGGAUCAAGGAAGUAAAAUUGGUGGAAUGGUUGGUGUAGGUGACAUUGUCAGUCCUAUGCAACCUCAUCCAGAAAACCUUUCUUUAUACUACAAAGAUCCACAAGGGCAAACCCAAGGUCCUUUUCCUGGAUCUGACAUCAUUGGUUGGUUUGACACUGGUUUUUUUGGUAUUGAUUUGCUAGUCCGUGUUGCAAGUGCUCCCCUUGAUGCUCCUUUCUUAUUACUUGGGGAUAUCAUGCCACACUUACGAGCAAAGGCAAGGCCGCCUCCAGGAUUCAGCACUGUCAAAUCAAGUAGUAUGCCAGAGCCCUCACAUUUAGGAUCAGCUUAUCUUGGGAUAUCUGAUUAUGUGUCCGCAGACAGGAACGAUAAUGUAACUGAAGCUGAAAACUGCUUUCUGGAGUCUCCUAUGUCUAGUAGCACCCAGAAUCCCAGAGCAGAAACUAACACUGUUACUGGAGGUAUAAAUGAAUGGAGCAACAAUACAUUUGGCAACAUUUUUGUUUGUGGCGGUGAGAAUGGGAAUGGCAUAAAUUAUCUUGUAGCAGAAAAAGGACUGUUAGAGAGAGAAAAUCCUUUGCAAACAGAAGGUGAUGUAGUAUCAGUUGCACAAGCACAAAAGAAGGAUACAGUCCAGUCUACUUCACACUCAACAUUGUUCCCUCAAAUGGUUGACCCAUCAAGUGAAGCUCUCGAAUCUCAGAAUGCUGACCUUCUCUCAAUGCUGCUUUCCGCAGAAAAAUAUCAUGCACCUGUUGCUAAUUCUGGAUUGUCACUUUGGUCAAAUAGCGUCGAGUCUGGAAAUCUGCAUGCUGGUGUGUGCAGUGAUCUCACUCCAGGGGUACUAAAUGUGCACCACAACCUGCAUAAUCCUCAGCAAGUAUGUAUUGAUGUUCAACAACGUUACUCCAUAACACAGAAUCAAUCAACUUUGGCUUGUUUGAAUUCAGAAAUCAUGCAGCCAGAGAAGUUUCUCGGUGAAAUAUCUCAGGAUCCUCAGUCGUUAAAUAUAUUGCAACAACAGUAUCCGGUAUCACAGCUACAGUGUCAAUCUCAACGCUCUCUAUCGAACAACAUGCUACAGCCCAGGCAGCAGGAGCAGCAACAGCAGCAUCAGCAAGAACAUCUUUCUCAGGUUCUACCUCAUUGUCGUUCCACCCAGCAACUUGAUGAUGCUUCUUAUCGGCCAAAGCAUAGUUCAUUGUCAUCGGGUGAUUCUUUGAAGCUUUGUCUUCAAAGAACACAAGAGAUUCUUGAAGUUGCUCGGAAGUUACCUGGUCAUGGUAUGCAUGAGAUACAACUACCUAGCCAUGCAAGCGCAAAAUUAAGAGGCACAGAGGUCAUUGGUUUCUUAGAAAGUCAGGCUGCUGCUCUACCAUUGCCCCAUGAAAUGACUGGCCAUACACCUUGGAAAAAAUGUUCUGCUAGCCUUGCACAACAGGGAAAAGGCUUUGCAAACGUUGUUGCUCCUUCAGGAAAAGAAAGUACUGCAGAUUCACCAUUUAAGAAAACUCUGAGUUCUGGAUCUACUGAAAAUAUAUUGUCUCAUAUCUCCAGUCAAGUCCAUGAAAUGGAAAUUUCCUCGACCAAACCUCAUCCAUGGAAACCUGCUCCAGGUGUUAAGCCUAUAUCACUGUUGGAAAUUCAAGCUGAGGAACAACUGAAAACACAUGGGAAACUGGCAACUACAGCAGCCUCUCCAGUGUCAUCUAUUCCUUGGACUAGCUUGGCAAAAAAUUCUGAGCAACAAUUUGAUGAUGUCGCUAAAUCCAUGGGUGAUCAGGAAAAUGUCAAUAUAUCAAGGAGCAGGAGAAGUCAGCUGCAUAAUUUGUCGGGGGAAGUACUGGCAAAGUCGAAUGAUAUAGAUGCUGCUAUCAUAGAUAAUGCCGAUUGUUCAUCUUUUCCUCCUCUGGCACCUUACCUUGCUCAGUCUGAUGCUAAAUCUCUUGAUGAUAGUGAUUUCAUUGAGGUUAAGGACUCCAAGAAGAAAAGGAAUAAGGCAGAUAAAUCAAAAGGUUCUGCAAUUAAAGCUCCAGCACCACUUGGUUUGUUUGAUCCUUCAGUGAUGUCUGUGGCUAUCGAAAAGGGAAAACCUGGCAAGCAGGUCCAGCGAGAAAAAUACGUAUUUCCAUCUCAGUCAAGUGGUCUAUCUCAAAGAGAGGCAAUGGACUUCAGGGAAUGGUGUGAAAAUGAGUGGGCCAAACUCACUGGAACAAACGAUAUAAGUUUUCUGGAGUUCUGCAUAAAGCAGCCAGCUUCAGAAGCAGAAAUGCUCCUCAUGGAGAACAUUGGCUCUCGUGACCACAGUCACAACUUUAUUGACAAGUUCCUUAGCUACAAGGCCUUUCUGUCAGCAGAUGUCAUUGACAUGGCCUUCCGAGGUCCUAUUUCCGGUAAACCGCACGCGGAUAGUGCAGGGCCUGGAAUGACUGGGAUCGAGCAGGGUGAUGGAGGGAAGAAGAAAGGGAACAAACGGGAAAAGGUGGGCUCAUCAGUUUUGGGGUUCAAGGUUCUGAGCAACCGUAUCAUGAUGGGUGAGAUCCUGCGUGCAGAUGACUAGGUGGUGCUAAGGGGACUUGUAUACAGUUGACCGAAUUUGACGGCCACCGAUUCGUUUACAUAUGUACAUAGCUUACACUUGUCAUUACUCUUAAGCGGGCCCUUUUUUCCAUUGGACAUCAGCAUUUUACGUAUGGUUAUCAGUAGAGAAGAUGGUCACUGUCACUCACACU